AUGGCGGAGCCCCCCGGCGCGGCGGGUCGGGAUGGGGCGGGGCGGGGGUGGCCGGAGCAGGGAGGGGGGGGGAGGGCGGCGGGCGCCGUCGGGGCGCUCGGGCUGUUGCCGACCUCUCGCCAGCCGGUGCCGGCGCUGGCGCUCCGCUGCACCGUUAUCUUUUGCACUGCCCCCGCUUUGGUUUGGUUUUUGUUUUUUUUUUUUUUUUGGUUCGCUGUAAGCAGCCCGCCCUGCCCAGCCAGCCAGGGAACGAAGGCUCCCCUCUGCCCGAAGGUGCCGGUGGCCCCUUGUCCCGGGACACAGCGGUGCUCCCCCGCUUCUCCCGGCGGCGCCAGGGUUUUUUGCAGCGCAUUUCCCUGCGCGGCCCGGCCGGUGGUCGGGGGCGGUGCGCGCUUCGCCCCCCCGACCCUGGGCAAGGUACGGCAGCGGCUCCGCUUGUUUAUCCCAGGGAAGAAACCCCCGCCCCGGGGCAAGUUUCCGCGCCUCCCGCGACUGUGGGGGCUCUGCGGCCACAGGGGUGUGAUUAAAAAGGAACUUGAGAAGGUAAAGGUAGAUUGUACUUCCUAUGCUGAGAAGAAUGGACAGACUCAUCCUAUACACAAUAGAAAGGAUAGGGCCAGAGGGCCCAGAAUGUGUUUUGGAAAAGAGAGAAAGACCUAAAAUCUGAGAAAGCGUGGAUACAUUUGGCCUACAAAGAUGAAUAUGAGAAGAGUUUCUGAGAAACAGAUGUGGCAGCCUUUCAGGAAAAAA